AUGGCAGCAAGAAGCCAGCGUGGACAAUCACAAGCAACAUCUGACCCUGCAAUAGUUGCCUCUGUAAAGGAAGUUCUGCGCUCUACCGAGUUUUCCCAAAUCCUAUCAGCUAUUGUCAAAGAUGCAGCCAAACAAGCAGCCACAGGCGAUCCAGCCUUCGGCAUCGACUGCAUGGCGACCGGUAACAUGAACAUGCGCGAUCAGCACGUCAUCGAAUCUCUCAGGUCGAAAAGGCAACAAUUGCUGUUGGCCACCCAGCUGGUUAAGAUGAUAUUGAAGAUCGACGAUGUCCGUCAGCCGAACUAA